CCUACGUGGAUGGCCCUGGACCUGGAUUCACACUUUCAAAAACUCAGGAGUGGAAUUUGGGAUUUUCAACAUUUCUGGAAGAAAUUUGGGAGUUUUUACAUUUCUUUUUCAUCUGGGACCUGUUAGGUGGAAUAUAACAGAGUUUGGACAAGAAAAUUUAGUUAAUUGGGGGACACAGUAGAAGCAAAAAGAGCUGAGCUGUGGUUGAGGGGUCCAGGUGGCAGGCAUGAGGGGCCCGGCCUGCAGAAGAGACUGGCUCUAGAGUCCACAGAGGCUCCCACUUCCACUGGACACAUUCCACAGGACGUGUGCCCAUGAGGUCGUCAUCACUGGUCCUGCUCCUCCUGAUUGGCAUCCAGGCUGUACUCAAAAUCGAAGGUGGAUGGGCCCACAAAACAGGGCCAGCCAACCACAAAGCAGCACAGCAGAUGGGAGCCAAUCACAGAGCAGUACACCAGCAUCAGGCAGCAGGCUCCAAAUUGUCUUCUCCAGACCAUAACAGGAAUGGCCACCACAGGACCAAGAAGCACCAUCAUCAUCAGCAUCAGUAUGCAGCUACCGAAAAUCUGGAAAGAAGUUCAACCAAUUUCCAACCAGAUCCGUCCAUCCCUGUUGUAGAUCCCAAACUCUUUUCCAAAAGACGUUAUAGGCCAUCGCCUCGAGUUGUUUUCAGUGAGGUUGAACCCACGCAUGAUGCCCUGGAGGGUGAGGGCUUUGAUGUGGAUGGGAUAAGGGGUACAAGAGUGCGGCGGAGAGCAGGGACACACACCAUGCACAGAGGGGAGUACUCUGUCUGUGAAAGCAUCAACACUUGGGUAGGCAACAUGACAUGGGCGACGGAUAUUAAGGGCAAUGAGGUGAUUGUCCUUCCCAAUGUUACAAUCAACAAUGUGGUCAAAAAACAGUUCUUUUAUGAGACCACCUGCCGAUUCCCCACACACCGGAACGCGGGAACUGGCAACGCAGGAAGGCCAGGACGGGGAGGAAAACAGGGCUCUAAAUCUGGCAACUCUGGCUGCUUAGGAAUCGACAGCCGCCACUGGAACUCUUACUGUACCAACACACACAUAUUUGUAAGCGCUCUCACCCUUGACAAGGAUCGGACAGCUUGGAGGUUUAUCCGCAUCAAUGCCGCUUGUGUGUGCGUCCUGAGCAGGAAGUCCUGGGCGGGACGGGGCCCCAAACACUGAACACAAUGAACAUUUCCAUUAAACAGCCACAACAGCAUUAUUGCCAAUACUGUAAAGCCUAAACAAAGACAUUGACAAGGAGUUUCUGUCACAUCACAUUAUCUUUAUCAAUUCACCUCGCU